CUUAAAGAUCUCAAUAAACACAUCAUUUUAACUUUUAAUACGUAAUGUACGGAGGUUAUCCAAAACUAUAUUUUCUUUAUAUCGCCUACUGACUUCUUCGGUGGUCUUUUGGCGUACGUUUCACCACCGUUACCUAGCAACCAGACUCCUGCCUGUACAGCUGUCCGUCCGGCUCCAGACGCUCAGCGCUGCCGUGGUAGGCUACAUUAUUAAUGAUGGCAGCGAAACUAAACCUGUCCGAGAAACCAUAUGUCAAGAAAGAAAGAGACAGAAAUACUGUAGCUAGUUGCAGGAUGAUGUCAGGAGCGAGAGCAUGGCCGUGGACCGGAUCAACUUAAAACUAACGCUAAUGUCGCAGUGCUGCUGAAGGACCAGUUCAGACCCCCAGUGAAGAGAGGUUGACAUUUUCUGUUACAGACAAAGUGUCCAUGGAGGGAGAACUGGAGGAAUCAGAUGAUGAUGUUCAGGGAGAGGACAAGCCCACUGUGCUCUGGGAGAAGUGCAUUCAGCAGAGCAUCUUUGUUGACCUAAGUGAGGAUGAAAGUCUCCACUUGAGUGAUUUGGAGAGUUCUUUAGCUUUACAUCUGUCUCAGGCAGAGUCUGCUGCCUCAGAGGUCAGCAUCCAUCUCAGUGCAGGUAGUGCAGAGUUGUCAGCCUUGGAUGUUACCUCCUCAGAGUCCAGUGUUGUCAGCACUCAGAGUGAGAGGGGAGGAGAGAGAAAAAGCAGCAUAUUGCACGUGUCUGCCCAAAGACCAAACACCAUGCAAGAUCAGCCUCCCUUAAACCAGGGUUGUGAGGACCCGGGGCAAAAUACUAGUGACGAAGAUCAGGAUGACCUACCUUAUGAUGGUGACCUUGGAAGACGCUACUUCAACCAGACAGCUACCUCUGAGAGCAACAUGAGCUCCGAUGGAGGAGAAACUGUUCAUGCAAGUCCUGAUGUUCCUGGUUUGCUUGAAUGUAAUAUAAGAGAUAGAGAUGAUGUUAUCGAUCGCUUGGAUUCUGCUGAGCACAAUUCUGAGGAACCAACAAAAGUGGCUCCAGAGGAUGCCAACACCAAAAAGGACAACUUUUUUGAUGCCUCCAAGCCGAGUGAGGUUUCCCCACCAUGCCACUGUCCUGUAGACAUUAACCAGUUGUUGCUACGACACUUCUCCCAGGAUGAGUUGCUGCGGUCAGGUAGGCUGAUUGAGGCAGAGACCUUACCGGAGGUGUCCCUGCUGGAGAGCAUGGAUGACACUGUUUUUAGCUGGGCUCAAACACACAACAGCACAGCAAUCAAUGGUAGCCACUCAGAGAGCGCUGCAUGUAAUUCUGAGAUUCAUUCUGAGAGUUUCUGCUCUGGCAGGGCUGAAGAAAACAGUAGAAGUGCAUCGAAAAAUUCAAGUUUAGAGGAAGAAGCAGAAAGGAAAAUUGAUAAUGUAACCUCUGCUGCUAAAGACAGUAUUACGUCCAGCUCUGCAAGCACUGACUCAAAACAGGACAGUGGGGAUACAAGUGCCGUAGAUGAAGCACAGCAGGAAAAGACAGAAGAGGGUGAUGAGGUUCCGAGAGUCCCCCUUGUGCGCACCAGAUCCUUCAGUGAGAUGAAGUAUGGCCAGGGCCAAGUCCAUUACCCGCUCCCUGAUUUCUCCAAGGUUGCUCCCAAAGUAAAAAUCCCCAAAGCUCCAAGUGGACCAGCCAGACCUGUUCCUCAGAGCCCCAGCACCAUCCACAGAGCCCAGUCCUCUCCAGGGAUGUUAGAGGUGAUCAGCAGAGUCCUGGAGGAUUCGGUCCAGCCAUCAGAGAAGCCCUAUGUCUUCAAAGACGAGGACAAAGAGACUCCUCCAGCACUGGUGCAUCACCUGCAGGCUGAAUAUGAUAAAUUACUUACCAAAUAUGCUGAGGCAGAGAACCUUAUAGAUCAAAUGAGACUAGGAACCAAUACUCAGCUCUCUUCAGAACCAAUGCUUUAUUUCGAGUGUGAUGAUGAUAAUCAGGGAAACUUAGCUGGAGUUGAGGGAAGCCAUCUUGGAUCCUUGGCUCCUCACUUUCCCCCAUCAGAAAACUUUGGUGUAAAAGAAGAAACACCUCCCCAGAGCAACAUUAAAGAGGUGAACACAGCUUCCCCCAGCCAGCCUGAGGAGGGUCCCAGUGAUGGGGAAAGAAUGACUGCUGAGCUGACAGACAUCAUUCACCAGUUCAUGCAGAAAGUGGAAGAAUUCAAAUUGAGCGUAAGCAACAUGUCAGUGAGCACAGCAGAACAGCAGAUGAUACUGAGGAGCAUUAUGGAGGCUCAGGACCAGCUGGAAAGAAAAUACAUCAGUAAGAAGGAAGAGCACAGAGCUCUGGAGAUGCAGAACUACAUGGGCCUGUCCAGGAACACUGGCACCUUUGACCCAAACAGGCAGGUGGAGGGAGACAUAUUCAGGAUAGGGAUGCACCUUGAGGACAUAAAGGAGAUGAUAGACAAAAACGUGUGUGAGCAGAUUUCUCCUCCCCACUCAACCUCCACUCCUACGCCCAUGAAAGAGAUGCUGCAUGUGAGGCCCAGUCCUUUCUGCUUGCCCACACCCUCACCUCCACCAUCCCUGCAUGAGGGACCAAGUGCAGGUUUUUCCACUGUGGGUUAUAAGAUAGAGGCACAGAAAGAGGAAGAAAAAGAAGAGGAGGAGGUCAGUGAGGCCCAUGCAGAUGACGGUUUACAGUAUUUAAGGAGCUCACAGGGCUCUCUGGGCGGACUGGACACCCAGACAGCUGAGACUGAAGAGGAGAGGAGCUCUCUCUUGUCAGAGGCGAUAGAUCACAGUAACAUCUUAGCAUACUUGAGUGGAACGAGCUCAUCCUCAAGACAGAGAGAGUGGACGCCCGACAGUUGUAGCUCCCUGUACAGUGUCCUGAACCCAGUGGGUGAAUGUGAUCUGGGUGAUUGUGUGAGUCUGGCUGUGGAGGUCUCUUCUUCCUCUGAUGCACCCAGAGUCUCAAGCACCCACAGCCUCUCAGAGCCGCCUCUCAACACCUCCUCUGUAUCACAGAGGAUUGUGAGCCCAGAGACAGACAGUGGAUUUGGAAGCUCUUACUUGAAUCAAUCAGCUUCUGGAUCAUUUCAACCAAAUCUGCUCUCAGAAAGUGUGCAGUCCCAGAAUGAUGCUUUAAGUAGCUCAGACAGUGAGGGCUCCUGCUCCAACCUGCAGACUGCCAUCCAUUCAGCCAGCCUCACCAGCCAGCGGUGGGCCAGUCCACACCCAUCAGUCCAAACACAGUCCUGUGGGGCGGCAGUGGCAGUGGAGCGGUGGGUGGAGAGCACCACUAAGGAGCCCUCAGUCAGGCUCCAGGGAUCUGAAGGCAGACCACCUGCUCAGCUCCAUCAGCACGUAUCUGAGCCUGUACUCAGCACCACCAUGGAUACAGAAGAGACAGACAGCCCACUGUACUCCUGCUCUUGUAAUAGUGAGGCUAUCGUGGCCUUGCAGUCAGAGGUGUCAAGACUGAAGAAGGACCUUGAGGAGGGCUUGGUCCAGCUGCCUCACCUAGCAGAGAAGAUGGACUAUCUCACCUGCAAAUACAAACAGGAUCGUCAGGAGCGCAAGUCUAAAACCAGACCUCGGACCCACCACAGGCCAGCCUGCAACAGUGUGUGGAAGCCAUCGAGUAGCAGACAGAAUGUGAGCAAUCUCAGCUCCAGCCAGGUGCGGCUAGAGGACUGGAUCUCUUCAGACAUGGACCCCAGCAAGAGCAAAGGUACAGACAGUGAUGACGUGGCUGGCUCUGAGAUUAUGUUGCAAUAUAAACUUCAUGGGCAACUGCAGUCCAACAGAGGGUCAGAGGGGAAUGGCUCAGGGAAAACCUCUGGUCUGACCAGCUCCAUUUUAAAAGGGAGGAAUGAGGAGGCUUCUAACAGCCAUGCCAAGCAGAGAGCACAAACAGCCGUCAUGGAGCGUUUUUACUCCAAGGAGAGAUGGUCUCUUUUCUCCUCUCCAUCUCCUCAGAAGCCCCUUCUCCAGGUCAGCUACGCGUCCUCCAGCAGCCUGCCUGCAAGCUAUAAAGUUAGGGAGCCAAUGCUGCAGUCCACGUCCCAUCACAGAAAGCGCUCCACCCAGUCAGACUCGGCACUCCUGCCCAGCAAUGUGUACUUCCAGCGGACACUGUCCCCAGUAUCAGUGCCCUCAAAGACUGGCAGCAGGACAGGCAGACGCAGGGGGAGCAAGGAGGAAGAAAUGAACAGGACCCUAGACCAGGCUAUUGAGGUGGCCCGCAGCAUGAAGAGGACCACAGACCGAAUGGCCAAGAGACUGUCAGCUGACCUGGCCAAGGCUCAACUGCACAGGAAAAUGCACAGCCUGCAGCCACUAGGGGGCAGGAAACACCACACACCAGAUUACUGUAAUCAUCAAUCUGCCAGUCCAUAUGAUACCUGAUGUAGAAUGUCCUUGUUGCACGAUAAGAGAGUUAUUUAAGGACAUUUUUGUGUUAAGUUAUUGAUUUUGUACAUGGUUGUAUAUUUAUAAUACAUAGAGAAGUCUGAAAUCACACUGUAAAAAUAACAUUUUGGAUAUUGUAAUCUUACCUGUGGUUUGUAAGUUUGGGUUGUUGUUUUUUUUUUUAAAGUAAACUGAUACUUUUGUUGAUGGACAGAAUUUUGUUUGUAUUGAGUGUUUUUACAUUUUGAUGAUGUCUUUUGGCAGCUUCAUUCUUUAAACAUUCAUACUUUAUAUCCACUAUAGUGGGCAAAAUUACUUUCUGACAUCAGAUUUCUGACAUAAGGACAAUAUUAGAUCAAUACUCAUUUAUUUUAUCAGAAAUGAAUUGGUGAAAACUUUUUUUGUAAGAAUAGUAUGAUCCUGUUAUGACAUUUGGUUUGGGGGCAGUGUCAGUACAGUGUCACUCAGCAAUAAACAUAAACUUUAUCUUUUCACAA